GGUUCGAGCCACUGCGUGUCAAACAACAAGUACUGAUUAAUAAACAGAAAAGCACAUUUAGAGACUUAAUUCAGACCCGAAAGGCAUUUGGAGAUACUGAGUGUUCAAGCAACAGAUUGCGAAUCAGCAAAACUGUUCCAACUACAGAGUGCAUGACAAUAAGACAGCUCCCAUCUAGAGUGCUUAACAACAAGACAGAUCCAACUGUAGGGUGCUUAACAACAAGACAGAUCCAACUGUAGGAUGCUUAACAACAAGACAGUUCCAACUACAGAGUGCAUGACAACAAGACAGGUCCCAUUUAAGAGUGCUUAACAACAAGACAAAUCCAACCACAGAGUGCUUAACAACAAGACAGAUCCCACUACAGAGUGCUUAACAACAAGACAGUUGCGACUACAGAGUGCUUAACAACAAGACAGUUCCAACUAAAGAGUGCAUGACAACAAGAAGGCUCCAACUACAGUGCUUAUCAACAAGACAGUUCCCACUACAGAGUGCUUAACAACAAGACAGUUCCAACUACAGAGUGCUUAACAACAAGACAGUUCCAACUACAGAGUGCUUAACAACAAGACAGUUCCAACUACAGAGUGUUUAACAACAAGACAGUUCCAACUACAGAGCGCUUAACAACAAGACAGUUCCAACUACAGAGUGCUUAACGACAAGACAGUUCCAACUACAGAGCUUUAACAACAAGACAGUUCGAACUACACAGAGUGUUUAACAACAACACAGUUCCGACUACAGAGUGCUUAACAACAAGACAGUUCCAACUAAAGAGUGCAUGACAACAAGAAGGUUCCAACUACAGUGCUUAUCAACAAGACAGUUCCCACUACAGAGUGCUUAACAACGAGACAGUUCCCACUACAGAGUGCUUAACAACAAGACAGUUCCCACUACAGAGUGCUUAAUAACAAGAAGGCUCCAACUACAGUGCUUAUCAACAAGACAGUUCCCACUACAGAGUGCUUAACAACAAGACAGUUCCAACUACAGAGUGCUUAACAACAAGACAGUUCCCACUACAGAGUGCAUACAACAAGUCAGUUCCCACUACAGAGUGCUUAACAACAAGACAGUUCCCACUACAGAGUGCUUAACGACAAGACUAUUCCAACUACAGAGUGCUUAACGACAAGACAGUUCAAGAUACAAGUGCUUAACACGACGGUUCAAACGACAGUGUGCUUAACAAGCAUUGUAUUAUAGCAUGGUACCUAAAAAUAGCUGUACAGUAGAUACGCUUAAUACAUGCACCACCGUUUUGGACACAUGUUGACGAUGACGUAUCAGGAACAUGGAGGCUGUUAAGUCGGACAUGCUGGAGAUCCUAUGUACUAGUGUAUCACAACAGCUCAACAUGACUGUAUAUGCUGCUCGAGGCGUUACUCUUGGUCUGACACUUGUCCUCCUUAGUUACAACUUCAAGCUCCAUCUGAUGAACAGCGAGGAAGGUUGCGCACCAAACAGACCCUUUGUCGUGCAAAGACGAGACACGGACGAAACACAACACAGUGGAAAGUCUCCUCGGCUAUUGUGCUGGAUACUCACACAACCAAAACAUCUCAAAAACAGAACUGCUUCAGUGAAAGAAACAUGGGGACGUGAAUGUGAUAUAACACUGUUCUUCAGCUCUUUAAAUGACUCUACAUUCCCUACGAUCGGACUUGGGUUUGAAGAAAAACGUAGAAAUCUAAUCAAGAAAACAAUGGGUGCAUUGCGCUACAUUUUCAAAAACUACUUACACCGAGCUGAUUGGUUCCUCAAAGCUGACGACGAUACGUACGUCGUUGUAGACAACCUACGUCACUUCCUGAAAGACAAGGACCCGGAUGAGCAUGUUUACUAUGGCUCCAAAUUUCGUUUAGAAGAUUUCACGUAUCACAGUGGAGGAGCAGGUUAUGUGAUGAGCAGGAAGAUGAUAAGGAACAUAGCACUUCACAGUAAGGGCACACAAGAGUGCGAAGAGACCGGUCCUGAGGAUGUUCGGAUGGGGAUGUGUGUGAAGGCCCUUGGAGGUGUGACGGGUAAUAGUACCGACAACAAUAACCUGGAAGUCUUUCACUGGUCAUCUGCUGAUUAUUUUAUCCGAGGACAAACGGACACGACACCCUCUUGGGUACGCUUGCGUCAGCCAUUUUGGAAGUCUAACAAUAAACUGAGCGAAGUGUCAGUAUCGUUUCAUUACAUGAUGCAGGGGGACAUGCGAGCCCUGCAUUACCUUCUGAACAACCUCAACGUACAUGGAUACCACAAACCUGGCACAAGCAGGUAGCACUUAGGAGUUUUCAUGUUUGGUUCUCUGUUCUCCUCAGAAACAGACAGAGGUCGUAGUUAGGAGUUUUCAUGUUUGGUUCUCUGUUCUCCUCAGAAACAGACAGAGGUCGUACUUAGGAGUUUUCAUGUUUGGUUCUCUGUUCUCCUCAGAAACAGACAGAGGAAGUACUUAGGAGUGGUCAUGUUUGUGUCUCUGUCAUGUUGGCUGUUCUCCUCAGAAACAGACAGGAGUUGAACGUAAGAAUGGUCAUGGUUGUGUAUCCGCUCAGUGCAGAAACGGGCCUUUGUGCCUCCCGUGUGCGGCCAUAAACUUUGCCAGGUCGUCGUUGGAGGCUCAAAGGAGGCAGAAUGGUUGCCUAGGUCGUUCCAAGGUGGUACACAGGAGGUUCAGACAUCGCCAUGGACGCCAUGGUCGCCGUGAAGUUUUGAAAAUGUUCAAAACAGACGCACAAAGGUCACCGAGGAGGUUGGUUGCUCAAAGUCGGCUCAAAGGAUGUAGAAGGGAGGCACAGUGGUUGCCCAAUCGUCGCCUGGUAAUAGAUGCGUUCUGCUGCAGAUUGUCCCGUCAAUCUGGGCAAUGCUUCUACCUCCCUUGUGCCUCCUUUGGGCGACCAACAGGGUGCAUUGAACGAUGACUGUGGCGACCGCCGUGCCUCCUUAAGGCGACCACGGCAACCAUGCCUCUUUUCUGCCUCCUUUGAGAUACCCGUUGUGCCUCCUCAAUCUGCCUAUAAAAAGAGGGCUUGUACUUGCAGUGUUUCAUUGUGGCAGCAGACGCUGAGCAACGUGACACAAAAAAGACUCAAGACUCAAUAGACAUAAGACAUCUGUUCUCCUUAGAAACAGAAAGAGGUAGCACACAGGAGCGGCCAUGUUUGUAUUUCUGUCAAGUAGUCUGUUCCCUUCAGGAGUUGAACUUAAAAAUGGCCAUGCUUGUGUAUCCGCUGUUCAGAAACGAAAACGGAUAGCCCUUUAGGAAUUAUUGUCAUAAUUGUUUCUCUGUCAAAAGAAAAAAAGAAGACUGUCCAAACAAAAUGAAAGCAACACACCAAGAACUUUAAUCCACAGAUCGCUAAAGUUACGAGUGAUGUAUUGACAUUAGGUGUUCGAGAAACGCGUGUUUCGCACAUAUAACGUGGCAGGGGAAGACUACUAGACAAGGUACUGUACGCAGCUUUACGGCAUUUGGUGUUCACAUGUAGAUAUGUAUGAUAUAAAGAUUCGAACCAUGGACAUUUUGCCUGAAAAAUAAACGUGCUAAACAAUGUCUUGCCUAACAAUGAAAACAUUGCAGAUACAAUAAUACACAAUUACAUCUUGUAUUUUCAUAUGGCAACUUUUUGGGUCUCUUUGGAUUGAAAUAGAUAUCUCAU